CAGCCGGCUGGGGCUGGCGUGGGCCCUCGGCAGGUGCCCAGCGGGUUUCUGGAGCCGUUUCCCAGCCGGUAGCACCCAGGCAGGACGGGGGACACAGGCUUUACCUGGGCACGGGAAACAUGGGACACACCGUGAUCUGAGGCUGAAGCUGGGGAUGUGCUGUGCCCUACCAAGGCAGCCUCCCCCAGCUCUGCACUCUCCCCCGCGCUUGGGGCAGCCAGGAAUACGCAGUCACCUAUUUACCAAGUCCAGCCCAAAACUGAAAUUUAGUGCUCGCCCUUUACUGCCACACUUCUGCCCGCCUCAGCCAUGCUCACAUACUGAAUCACUGCAGCCAGAAUGUGAGUGUUUCUGUGUUGCUGUGUAUCUGAGUCCCACCCCUAAAUUCACAAUGGUGGGUGAAUUACUGCAGUGCUCAGGUAGAGAGAGAAUGGAGGUCCUGGAGGAGAAGGAGGAAGAGGAACAAAGAGAAGAAGAAGAGCUGGAGGGUUCGGAGAUCACUGAUAACCUCCAGGAUGUGGAGACAAAGGUGUCUGCGGAGCACGUCUGCGUGCCAAGUGAUGUACCUGAUUUUGACUGGAGCUCCAUUGACACGUCCCAGUUACCGUCGUCGUACAAGACAAAUUCCCUGAAGGAAAAGAAGCUACUGUGCAUCGCUGACCACUUCCUCCAGCAGUACAGUCACCUCUGCCCUGACCGCAAGCCGCUCUUCCUCCACCCUGUCAAUGAGUGUGGCGUAGAGAAGUUUGUGAGCACAACAGUGAGGCCAACCCUGCUGCCUUACACAGAGCUGUACCACUGGGAUGGCUGUGCCAGCUUCGUCUCUGAUUACCUCACCAUGGAGCUCCUCAAGUCCCCUAUCACACCGCCCAGUUCACUGUACUCCCCAACCACCAUUCUGAAAUACCAGCGAGGGAACUGCUUUGACUUCAGCGUGCUGCUGUGCUCCAUGCUGAUUGGGGCUGGGUAUGAUGCCUACUGCGUGCACGGGUACGCCACCCAUGAGAUAUGCACCCUGGACAAGACUCUGGAGCUGUGCCCACUGCUCAGGAAGCCACAGGAGCAGGUACCAAAAGAGGGGAUCAAGAAGUCCAACAAGUACAGAGUUAAGCCCCCACCAGACCUGCAGAGCAAGUUUGAGCUUCAGCAGGAGGCCAAGAAGAAAGCAGAAACCGAGGCUGCUCAAAAGAACAAGGAAAGAGAAGAUGAGAAGGUCCUGGAAGUGGAAAAGCCCAAGCGUGACCCUUUGUAUGGCUUACGGGUGCACGCAUGGGUUUUGGUUCUGUCUGGGAAGAGGGAGGUUCCCGAGACCUUCUUCAUCAACCCCUUCACGGGAAACAGCCACAGCACCACGGAUGAGUGCUUCCUUGGGAUCGAGAGCGUCUGGAACCACAGGAACUACUGGGUGAACAUGCAGGACUGCUGGAGCGGCUGCAAGGAUCUCACCUUUGAUUUGAGUGACGCUAUCCGCUGGGAAGUUAUGCUUUCGGGGACCAAUGAGCCUCUUCAGCUGCUCCCAGAUGCUGAGGAGGAAAAGGAGUUACUUGACGGGGACACGGAUGAUAUACAGGAAAAGGAGGAGGAAGGCAUGAGUUUUGACAUGCCACCGUCAUGGGUAGCCCCAAUUCAGAUAUCUCCCAGAGAGUUUGAGACCCGCUGUUCCCAGGGGAGGAAGGUGAUCCUGUACAAGCAAGCAAAACUGGAGAAAUGGGCACCAUACCUGAAUGGAAAUGGGCUGGUGAAACGCCUCACUGUCUAUGCAGACUUAGAUUGUACUGAAGCAGUGGAGGUGAAGGAGUGGUUCAAAAACCGAGAAGACAUGUUGGAUCUGAGAGAAGUGAAUAAGCAGACACAGCUGACCACAGAGUACUUCAGCCCAGGACACCUCCUUGGUCUUAAAGCUCACACCUAUAUGUUGCUGGAACCAGAGACUGAACAUACAAUGGAGUUUUACAAUGAGGUGCGAGUCGAUGGCCUCCAGAAACGUGUUAAAAAUGCUACGGAGAUGACAGAGUACUUCAUGGGGCGGGAUGACUUCCUGCAUGUCCGGUACAUACAGUUUUGCAAAAGAGGAAAGAAAAUACACUUGGCUGGCACCAGAACUGAAACGAACUCCCAGCCUCUAGUGCAAAUCAAGGAGUGUUUCCAUAGAAACCUAGAAAAGCCUGCUGAUGAAGAUGUAGCAGAACGUAUCUUUCUGAUCACAGAGGAGAUGAUCCAUCUGACAUAUCACCUUAAGGAUAAAUACAUUACUGCCUCAAAGAAGGAUUUCUUCAAAGAGGCAGAGAGUGAUAGGAAAGGAAAUGAAAUCUUCAUGACCCCAGAAAUGUGCAUCACAUACCAGGCAGGGUCCUCGGAGAAAAGCAAGAAGCAGCUCCAUCUGUACAAAUUGUUGCAGGAGCUAAUAGAGGAAGAGAAGCGGCUGAAGCAACAAGUCUGUCAGUCUGAAGCAGAGGUGUUAAAUAUUUUGAAGAUCCGUGAGAAUGAAGAAAGCGAUGUUAAAUUGUCAGUUUCAAUUUAUAAUACAGAAAGGAAUGAAAAGAGAAGACAGCAGUAUGAAGCCAUGAAGAACACAAUGCAGGAUGAGGUCCCGGGACAAGAGGAACAGGAUCUGGAUUACUUGGCACCUUUCCUUAUUCGAAUUGGCCACAGAGGGAAAAUGACCAAGGUGCAGGCCCUGUGCAUCACAGAUGAGUGCCUGACUGAUUUUAAGCAUCGUCUCAUUGAUAAAGCUAACAUCAUCCAGGCUCGCUUUGAAAAGGCGGUGGAAGAGCUGCAGAAGAAGGACCGGUGGUUUCAGGAAAACCAGAAUCGGCUCAGCGCAGAGGAGGAGGAGGAAUUCCUCACCCAUUACUCUGAAACCUCGUUCCGUAUCCACAUUCUAGCGCUGAGACUCAACAGGUAUUGGGAACGACCGCCCGAGAACAGUGCCCAGGGGAGGUCUACAAGUCAGUCCCCCAGGAACUCAGCACUGGAGGUAUUCUGUAAAAUAUUCUACUUUAUGUCCUGCUGUAGUGGUCCUCCGAUAUCCACCUUCUUGUUCUAGGGAAAAGCAGACAGCGCCACAGAAAUACCUUGCUCUUGAAGAGAAGCUGCGCAAGGAUCCUCGCCUAGCUGAGCAUCUUGGUCAUGCCUGAUUUCUUUAUUCCUUCACACCAGACACUGCAAAUCUGUGCUGAAGCCUGUUAAAAGCAGCCUGGAAAAUACAUGUGAAAGGUUUUCCUA